GGGACACCUUCCCUCAGAACGAAAAAGGGAUAUUGCAUGUCGCUGCUAAUUGAAAAGAAACCUCUCAAAGGCCGUUGAUCUGAUCUGCCCUUGCCAGGUACCUCGCGUUUUUGUGUGACAGAUAUGCGAGCAAAGUUUGGCCCUCAUUCAUUAGCUCGAAGCUCGUUGCCUCUCUGGUAUGUCCUCGUUCAAGGCGAACUUAUCUAUGUCCCCCUCCUUCUAUUUCCUCAUCUCCUAUUGCGGAUCCAGGCGGAGGGCAAAUUGGUCUCGCUAGCAAUUAUCCAUUUCAAAGGACAACGGUCAUCCCGAACUAGAAACGAUGAGAAAAGGUUGGUAACUCCGGAGCUGCUCGUCUUUGCAACAGGCUACAAGCAGGAAUAUCCCUCCCCAGACUCAAGUUACCUCACUGGCGAAGGAUAACAAGGAACACCUGGGAACCUGGAAACGAAACCGUCAGAUUCAUUGGUUUCGUGCCACCCAACUUCGGCUCGUCUCUCCCCUACGUUCGAACUCCUGCUGAUCAUAUGAACGUGCCAUCCAACCACUAUCAGAACC